CAUUUUAUCCUCUGAGUCGAAGUCCAGUCCCACUUUGCUUAAAGAAGAGGGAAUCUGAGCUGAUUGAUUGAGGGGAGAGGCAUGGUCGGGGUGGUGUCGGUCCAAUUAAUUAUUGUUGUUAUAUAAAUAGAUCCCAAGCUCCGACCCAUAAAAAUGGCCGCCCGGGUUGUGACUUUAGCCUCUGCAUUUGUUCACUCUUCCUCUUCUGCUUCUUCUUCAUCUUCCUCUUCUUCUCUGUUCCGUCAGAGACUCUCCUUUAGGAUAACGCUGACAGUAAAACCCUUUCUGGGUUCUUCAAGCAGAGGGAAGCUGAUGGCUCACACCAUCGCCAAGGCCACUCUGGGCCUCACUCUACCCUCCAUCAUCGAACCCCCCAAGAUCUCGUUUGCUGCAAAAGAUGUCGACGUGGUGGAAUGGAAAGGAGACAUACUCGCAGUGGGCGUCACCGAGAAGGACAUGGCAAAGGAUGAGAACUCGAAAUUCCCUAACCCAAUCCUGAAAAAGCUCGAUGCUCACUUGAGUGGUCUCUUAGCAGAGGCCUCCUCUGAGGAGGACUUCACAGGAAAAGCCGGUCAGUCUGUGGUUCUCAGGCUUCCUGGUCUAGGUUCAAAGAGGAUUGGCCUUAUUGGGCUUGGUAAAACGGCUUCCACUGCAUCGGCUUUCCAGGGUCUUGGGGAGGCCGUUGCUGCUGCUGCAAAAACUGCCAACGCUAGUGAUGUCGCUGUUGUCCUUGCUGAUUCUACCGGAUUGUCUGCAGAGUUGAAGCUUGCCACUGCAUCUGCAAUAGCAUCAGGUACCGUGCUCGGGAUUCACGAGGAUACUCGAUACAAGUCAGAGUCAAAGAAGUUGGCCCUUAAGUCUGUAGACAUUCUUGGUCUCGGAGCAGGACCUGAACUAGAUAAGAAGCUCAAGUAUGCAGAAGAAGUUUCUUCUGGUAUAAUCUUUGGAAGAGAGCUUGUCAAUUCACCUGCCAAUGUCCUUACUCCAGCUGUUUUGGCGGAAGAGGCAUCAAAAAUUGCUUCCGCGUACAGUGAUGUGCUCUCUGCCACAAUUCUUACUGCUAAGCAAUGCGAAGAGUUGAAAAUGGGGUCGUAUUUGGGUGUUGCUGCGGCUUCUGCAAACCCUCCCCACUUCAUCCACUUGUGUUACAAGCCUCUAAAUGGACCUGCUAAGGUCAAGCUGGCUUUAGUUGGAAAGGGAUUGACUUUCGACAGUGGUGGCUACAACAUCAAGACCGGGCCUGGGUGCUCAAUUGAGCUCAUGAAGUUUGAUAUGGGAGGUUCUGCAGCAGUUCUAGGUGCUGCGAAAGCUAUUGGCCAAGUCAAGCCUCCAGGAGUUGAGGUUCAUUUCAUCAUCGCAGCUUGUGAGAACAUGAUCAGUGGAACGGGCAUGAGGCCCGGAGAUAUUGUCACUGCUUCCAAUGGGAAGACAAUUGAGGUGAAUAACACUGAUGCUGAAGGUCGACUCACACUUGCAGAUGCUUUGGUGUAUGCGUGUAACCAAGGUGUUGAAAAGAUUGUAGAUUUGGCAACACUCACUGGAGCUUGUGUUGUUGCUCUCGGGCCAUCUGUUGCAGGUGUUUUUACUCCGAGCGAUGACCUGGCAAAGGAGGUAUUUGAUGCCGCAGAGAUCAGUGGAGAGAAACUAUGGAGAAUGCCCCUGGAGGAAAGCUAUUGGGAUUCAAUGAAAUCAGGAGUGGCUGAUAUGGUCAAUACUGGAGGAAGGCCGGGAGGUGCUAUUACAGCUGCAUUGUUCUUGAAACAGUUUGUAGAUGAGAAAGUCCAGUGGAUGCACAUAGACAUCGCAGGUCCUGUGUGGAAUGACAAGAAGAAGAGCGCCACGGGAUUCGGCAUUGCUACCCUCGUUGAGUGGGUCUUGACGAACUCUUCUUAGUCCAACUGGGGACCUCGUCCCCAAUGAUAGGUGGACAACCGUGGUUGAGAAAGAGAAACUGAAUGUUUAAAAUCCUCCUUGGCCGGUGGAUCCUGGUGUAUUUCUUCCAUACUGGAAAGCAAGUCGGGGCUUUCCUGUGCAGGAGAGAGGUGUGGAUUUGGUUUAUCUUUUGUUUAUCAAAGUCUUCUCUGAGUUUUGAAUUAGAUGAAUAAAGAUCAUAGACAAAUGUCAUGGCUGAUGCUCCGAUGCCAUCUCUUCCUUUUCCCUUCAUUGAGUUGUGUUCGAUUACAAUAGAUUUGGAAGUAAAAUGGUUGGUUUUGAUGGUCAAGA